AUACUCCUAUUUCUUUUUAAGUGGCCCUUCGUUUAUUUUUCUCGCUCUUAAACCCUAAACCCUCCUGUACUCAUCUAGCGGUGAAGACUAGAAGGAACAUGAAUUUCAACAAUGUUAAAGUUCCCAAGGUUCCAGGUGGUGGCGCAGCUUCUACUUUGCUUAAGUUGGGACUUCUUGGUGGGGUUGGCGUGUACGCAGCUGCCAACAGUCUCUAUAAUGUUGACGGAGGGCAUCGAGCAAUUGUGUUCAACCGUAUAGGUGGUGUCAAAGAUCAGGUUUAUGUUGAAGGGACACACAUUAUCAUUCCAUGGUUUGAGAGGCCAAUCAUCUAUGAUGUCCGUGCACGACCCCAUCUAGUGGAGAGUACUUCAGGAAGCCGUGACCUCCAGAUGGUGAAAAUCGGUCUUCGAGUUCUUACCCGUCCUGUGCCAAAUCAGUUACCUACAAUUUAUCGAACCCUUGGUGAGAAUUUUAAUGAAAGGGUCCUGCCUUCAAUUAUUCAUGAAACUCUGAAAGCUGUGGUUGCAAGGUAUAAUGCCAGCCAGCUCAUUACUCAGAGAGAGGCUGUUAGUAGGGAAAUACGGGAAGUUUUAGUAGCUCGAGCAGCCAAAUUCAAUAUUGCACUGGAUGAUGUGUCAAUUACGAGUUUAACUUUCGGGAAGGAAUUUACAGCUGCUAUUGAAGCCAAACAGGUAGCUGCACAAGAAGCUGAGAGGGCUAAAUUUAUUGUGGAGAAGGCUGAACAAGACAAGAGAAGUGCUAUUAUCAGAGCUCAGGGUGAAGCCAAGAGUGCCCAGCUGAUUGGUCAAGCUAUCGCCAACAAUCCAGCAUUUACCACUUUAAGGAAGAUCGAAGCUGCGAGAGAAAUUGCUCAUACUGUCUCAAAUUCAGCCAACAAAGUUUUCCUUGAUUCAAGUGAUCUGUUGCUGAACCUUCAAGAGAUGAAUUUAGAUCCCAAGGGGAAGAAAUAGGCAUUUCAGUAAUGUUGUUCAAUGACAUGGGUGGUCUGAAGUCUGAAAUUGGCUGGACUGGAUGGACGGUGUUUGUAAUACACCUCUGGUUCAAACAAAUAGUUGCCCUAUAGCUUUUUAGUAAUCAGGCUCAUGUGUUGCUUUGGUAAAUGAGAAGGUGGAAAUGGUUGGUCCAAUUGAGAGAAGGAUUACUGAAGUCAGACUCGUUUACAAUGUACCUGGUGAAAUUGUGAGGAUGGCUUUGGGUUGGCCCCAAGGAUUAUAUGAUAAUAAUGCUCGAGCCCACCCUGAUUAUAUGAUCUGCCUAAAGUUAUGGUAAUUGUGGAACUUUUGAUUAAGUUCAUUGAGAUGUUUUAUCAUUUAAUCAGAUACAUGUGACUGAAUACCCAACCUUAGGAAAAAAUUCUUUGGUAAAUUAGCAUUUAGCAAUAACUUCUUAAAUACAAAUAAUUAGUACAAGAACCACACAUGAAAUGCUAUGUUAUCUUCACUCA